AUGGCGGGGCUAUCACCAUUAUUUCAACUUCCUCAGGAGGUCCGCGAUAAAAUAUACGAGUUCUAUCUCGCUUUUAAUCAUUCCGAUUUCGAAGACACUCUACGCCCCCAGAUUGUUUACUUCGGCGAUGUACCGUAUUCCCGUCCACUCCCGUCCCUGAUGCUUACCUGUAAGAGCCUAUAUCAAGAACUCAGUCCGACGGUUCAUGGUGAGGCUAUCUUGCGCGUUGAGAUUCCCGGCUGGAACGACCGACGGAUCGGGUUCGGCGUCAGGGGAAACUUGAAAUUCGACAGGUUAUCAAAGCUUUACCUUCUAAUAGCCACCGAACAUCCCAACUGGAACAGUUGGUUGUCGACCUUCGAAGCCGUCGCCGAGCAUGGCAAGAACAUCGAGACCUUGGUUAUCGAUUGGGGUCCUCGACCUGUCGAAUCCGUUGGCUGGUCGGGGCGUGCGAACCUGAAAAAGGAAACAGAAUUCUUCAAUGCUAUCACAUCACUCAAGAAUCUUCAGAUACUUCGAGUGUACGGUAACAUCUCUCCUCGAUGGAUGAACCGGUUCGACGAGAUUGCAAAACGUGCGCAUGUCGUGCGCUAUCGUUUUCGCUGGUGGCGAGAGCCUGGCUUAGAUUGA